GUACAGUUGUGAGUAACAUCAGACUACAGCAGGACAUCCACAGAGGAGAAGUUCUUCCAGGAUGAUGGUGAAAAAAGCAUUAAAAACACCCCUGAUGUUUAAUAAGUCCUCCAACGUGAAAUUAAGCAUGAACAAUCAAAAAGACGUCAAAAUGUUUCAAAUCUUAGGAGCAAUUUUGGUACUUGGUCUUGUCCUGAUGGCUCUUUACUUCAUGAGAGAGGACAACAGAGUUGACUCUAAGGGAAAAGAAUCAGUUAUCAGCAUUUAUGAAGAGGUGGUGGAGGAAGAAGUACUCUAUGAAGCUCUACCAGAAGCCACAAUAACUGAGCAUGACACCAACAGGUCCAAUGAUUCCUGCAGCUUUGAACUUGUGGAAAAUGUGCCCUAUGACUUUGCAUUUGAGAUAAAUAGCACUGCAGCCAAACCCUUGUACCUCGCCUGGACAAGACUCCUUGAUAUGGCCCAGGAAAAAAUUCAUGUGGCUUCUUACUAUUGGUCUCUUACUGGGAAAGAUAUUAACGUCAAUGAUUCAUCCUCAGAGCAGGGUGAAGAUAUUCUGAGGAGGUUUGAGAGAUUGCUCGCAGAAAAUGUCUCUGUGUAUGUGGCAGCAAGUGUACCAACUUUGGCUACAAAUUCAACUGAUCUCAAGAUUUUAGAGGAAAAAGGGGCUCAUGUAAAAAAGAUUGAUUUUGGACAUUUGGCAGGAGGAGUGUUGCAUAGCAAAUUCUGGAUUGUAGACAUGAAACACAUAUAUAUUGGUAGUGCAAAUAUGGACUGGAGAUCUUUAUCUCAGGUCAAGGAAUUUGGUGCUGUGAUAUAUAACUGCAGCUGCUUGGCCAAAGACCUCUGGAAAACAUUUAGUACUUACUGGGACCUUGGACAUGCUAAUGCUACCAUCCCAUUCCCUUGGCCUCUUAAUUAUUCUACCCACAUUAACAAGCAUCAGCCUCUGGAAGUGGAAUUUAAUGGAAUCUUGACUCAAGCCUACUUUUCUGCUUCUCCUCCAGCAUUUUGUCCAAAAGGUCGCACCCAUGACCUCUCUGCUAUACUCAGUAUUAUCAGGGAUGCACACAAAUUUGUCUAUGUCUCUGUUAUGGAAUAUUUCCCUACCAGCCGUUUCACUCAUCCAGAAAGAUACUGGCCAGCCAUUGACAAUGCUCUGAGACGUGCAGCUUUCAACUACAGAGUGCACAUCCGACUUCUGGUCAGCUGCUGGACUCACUCUGACCCAGCCAUGCUUCACUAUCUGAGGUCCCUGCGUGCUCUCAACAACCCACAUGCCCACAUCAGUGUGGACGUGAAACUCUUCAUUGUUCCAGUUCUGAAUCACACCAAUAUUCCUUAUGGGAGAGUGAAUCACAACAAAUACAUGGUCACUGAUAAAGUAGCCUAUAUUGGGACUUCCAAUUGGUCAGAAGAUUACUUCACUAGUACAGCUGGUGUGGGACUAAUUAUCAAACAGAAUUCAACCGACCUGCAAAGAAGGCAGCUGCCCAUCCAGGAACAGCUAAAAAACCUUUUUGAGCGAGACUGGAAUUCCAGCUAUGCAGUGAAUCUGGAAGAUGUGCAGGGACAGAAAGACUGUAGAUGGAGGGGCAGACUCUGAACUGAAAUAUACAUUUUAAGUAGAAACAAAACCUGUCUUUGAAUCUUGUUUCCUAUGCAAAAGAGGAAGAUCUCUUCUUUGUGUCUUUGUCAAAGAAAUCACUUCCUCACAGGAUGUACACUGUUUGAUGGCACGAGAACUUUCUCAUGGUUGACUCUACCUGCUAAAUCAUUGGUUAAUGUGUGAUAUUUCCUUUUCUGUGUGAUUACCUCAUUCUGUAGUUAAUGAAAUGCAGAUGAUGUUAUAUGACAAGCACUCUGAUAUUAAAGCAAACGUGGAAGAUACAACCAGACGAUACAUUAGAGGUGCAGAUCAUUAUUCCUGUGCUAUUUUAUCAUAGGAAGAGAUAUGUUUAAUCCUUAAUUGUUAAUUGUUCCAUUAACAGUCGUUGCUUAAAUGUGUUUAAACAUUUUUUAAUAAACUCAUGGCCA